UUCAUUGGUUACUAAAAGACUAUACAGAAUUAUUCUCAAAAGAAAGAUAGCUGAUAGUUUUACUGUUAAUGAAAGAAAAUGUAAAUAUGCUGAAGAUGAAAUAUAUACUAACUCUAGACUUGAUAAUGAUGAACAAAACCUUGAUAAUUUUGAAGUUGACGAUUUUAUGGAUAAUAAUUUUAUCCAAGAAAGACUUACAUUUAAAAACUUUUAUAUAUUUGAAUUCGAGACAGAUAAUAUACUUCUU